ACCUGCGAACUGCGUUUGGGGGACGCACUAAGCACCUGCUGAGAUCUGGGAGCCCACUGGGGACCUGCAGACGGUGCCCGGGGCACAGAGUGGGGGGCGCGCGCAGGGCUUAGUCUUUGCAGGUUGUGUGCGCAAGGGGGAGGGCGAAGCGUGGCGGGAGGGCGAGGCAAGGGAAGGAGGGCGUGAGAAAGGAGGCGGCGGCGGCGCGGAGGAGGGUUAUCUAUACAUUUAAAACCGAGCCGCCUGCGCCGCGCCGGGAAGACCUGGGGAGCGUCCGAGAGCACGCGCGGGACACGAGCGCCCCACCCUCCCCGGCGCGCACAGCCGGCCACCUCUCGCCCUCCUGUGCCUCGCUGUUCUCGGAGACCGGAGGACCUAGGACGCUUAUCGUGGGGGUGUCGCUCGGCGACACAGGGCGAGGCCCCCUUGGGGCGUUGCCGUCCGUCCCCCGACCCCCGUUCCUGUGCUAGCACCUAUAGCGGCACGCGGGGGCUCAAAGGAGUCGCCGGUUGAGUGGAUGCAGGCGCGAUGGACAGCCGCGUGCAGCCCCGCCCCGCGCCCCCAGUUCCUGGCGUCUCGGGCGGCUGCGCCGCUCGGCGGCGACCCGCGUCUCCGGAGCUGCUGCGCUGCAGCCGGCGGCGGCGACCAGCCGCGGCGGAGACGGGGGGUGGCGCGGCAGCCGUGGCGCGGCGCAAUGAGCGCGAGCGCAACCGCGUGAAGCUGGUGAACUUGGGGUUCCAGGCGCUGCGGCAGCAUGUGCCGCACGGCGGCGCCAGCAAGAAGCUGAGCAAGGUGGAGACGCUACGCUCGGCGGUGGAGUACAUCCGCGCGCUGCAGCGCCUGCUGGCCGAGCACGACGCGGUGCGCGCAGCACUGGCCGGGGGGCUGCUGGCGCCAGGCGCGCGGCCCCCGGUGCCCCGCGGGCCCUCUGGGAUCCCCGCCGCUGCCGCCUCGCCCUCCUGCGCUUCGUCGUCACCAGGCCGCGGAGGCAGCUCGGAGCCCGGCUCCCCGCGCUCUGCCUACUCUUCGGACGACAGCUGCUGUGAGGGCGCGCUGAGUUCCUCUGAAAGCGAGCUUUUCGACUUCUCCAGCUGGUUAGGGGACUACUGAGCGCCCGGUCCCCGGAGCUGCGGCAGCCUGGACGUCCAUCAGCGAGCACGCUCACCACCAGGAGCAGGUGGACCGCCUGUGCCUCUCCCCCCCCACCGCUCCCGGCCGGCGAAGCCACCACUGAGCCGGGCGGGGACCCCGCCGACGGUACCCCGUGCCGUCCAGCCUGACCAGGUGUCAGUGUGGAAACAGGUCCCCGGCCUAGCCUCGUCCAGGUGGCAGCUUCCUUGCACCCUGACCGUCGCGCCUCCGCGGGCUUUCCGCUGGCCGGCGCUGGGGCACCCCAACUUGGAGAUGUUUGAACAGGAGAGAAUGUUAUGACGAAUGCAGAGUAUUUUUACACGGCAACUUGAACUGCCCAGGGAUACGGCAAUGUGAAGACUUAUUUUUGUAGAAAAGAGGCUUAGACUUGGAACGCAAUAAAGGUUGUCUACCCCCA